AUGGCCGCCCCUUUGACCCCAUUGCAGGGAAUACGCGUUGUCGAGCUCGCCGGUUUAGCUCCAGGUCAGUUUACAACCUGGAUUAUGACAAUUGCCCAAUUUCAUUGGCCGUCUAACAUCCUUGAAAUAGGCCCCUUUGCCGGUCUUAUGCUUAGUGACUAUGGCGCAUCAGUCGUAAGGAUCGAUCGGCCUCAUCCGAGAGCCCAUUCGCAGUCCAAAGCACCUCCGGCCCCCACACUCGAUGCGCUGACACGACAUAAAACGUCCAUCAGCCUAGAUCUUAAGAACCCCGCUUCCAAGGCUGUUCUGCUUUCUCUACUAUCAAAAGCCGACGUCUUGAUAGACCCUUACCGCCCUGGUGUCCUGGAGAAGCUAGGAUUAUGUCCUACAACCGUGCUCUUAAAGCAUAACCCUCGACUAAUCGUCGCGCGCAUGACUGGGUUUCGCCGCGAUGGGAAAUAUAAAGACAUGGCAGGCCAUGAUAUAAAUUACAUUGCCGUUUCGGGAGUUCUAUCUCUUCUGGGACGGGAAGGGGAGAAGCCAUACCCGCCCGGAAACAUACUUGGGGAUUUCGCUGGAGGCGGAGCGGUUUGCUUCCAAGGUAUAUUGCUUGCGCUUCUAGCACGCCAGACUACGGGCAAAGGCCAGGUUGUCAAUGCCAAUAUGGUUGAUGGGUCGGCCUAUCUAGCUACAUUCCCCCGCCUUGCGAGGCAGACUCCCAUGUGGGAUAGGCCGAGGGGAACCAAUGUGCUUGAUGGUGGUUGUCCUUAUUACGAUACAUACGAGACCAAGGAUAAAGGGAAUUAUUUCGCAGUUGGGGCAUUAGAGCCUCAAUUUUACGCUGAGCUAUUGCGUGGGCUGAACCUGGAAGACAAAGAUUUGUUUCCCCCCGGCUCGAACCAGGCGAGGCAAGAUCCGGACAAUUGGCCGUAUAUGCGUUCGGUUUUUGAGAAGAGGUUCAAAGAGAAAACUAGGAAUGAAUGGGCUGCAGUCUUCGAUGGGACUGAUGCGUGUGCCACGCCUGUGUUGACAAUGGACGAGCUCGAGAAGGAAGGGUAUGAUCAGAGACCUGUUGUUGGGUUAUCUGGCACACCCGGGCUGGGCAUUGCUUCUGAUAACGGCGGAUGGUCUGGCGGCGGGAUACAUCCAGGCAGUGGAGGCGAAGAGACACUAAAGAAUUGGCUUGGAUGGCAUCGAGGAAAGGACUUUGACGUGCACAACGGAGCUCUUGUUAAAGUUAAGGUUGAUGGGGCGAAGCUCUGA